AUGACGAGGUUUGAACGGGGAGUGUGGAGUCGCGCCGCUGCAGCUGCUUCAGAGGAAGAACGACAGGAAGAGGAAAAGCAGGAUGGCGAGAGGCAGAGGGAGGGGAUGCAGGGGGAGGGGAUGCAGGAGGAGGAGAGGCAGGGGGAGGGGAGGCAAGGGGAGGAGAGGCAAGGGGCGGGACUCGAAGUGAGGGACGACGAGAGGAGAGAAGCUGAGAGGGACGGGACCGGAAGGGAGGCUGGAAGGAGGGAGGAUGAAAGAAUGGAGGUUCCUGGAAGAACGGGAGGGGUGCAAGGGGUAGUGAUGAACAGAGGCCGAGGGAACAUCGUCAUCCCAGCAGAGCGCUGGCAGUAUGUGAAGCAGCAGCUGGCGAUCAUUCGCAGCGGAACACUACCACCUGCAUUCAAAGCGCCUCCAAUGAAAGCACAGUUACUCUGGCCGAAAGCCACACCAGCAGCACCAUCACCAUCAUCACCAUCACCAUCAUCACCAUCACCAUCAUCACUAUCAUCAUCAUUAGAUGGGGGAGAGUCCAAGGCAGGGGAAAUGCGUCAAGGGAGCGAUACCACUCAAGAGGGUUUUCCUCACAGCAAACCAGGACUGCUUUUGCCCGAGAAACCAGCGCUGAUCAUACCACCAACGGGAACCGCAGCAACGGUGGUAACCGGGCAGGAGGAAGAUACGGUGAAUCUGGACAAGGGCGGCGAGGAGCAGCGCACAGCGGAGUGGUAUGCGCUACGGGCCAGGCUGACAGCCAGUGCGUUUGCGACGGCGGUGGGGUUCUUUCCAGGGGGGCGGCAACAGCUGUGGGAGGAAAAGCUGGGUCUGAAAGUGCCGUUUGCCGGGAAUGCAGCGACGGACUGGGGGCAGGAGAAGGAGGGGGAGGCUCUGAUGGCGUAUGAGCGGAUUAUAGGCGGGAAAGUGGAGCGUAAGUCCUUUCAGAUCUACAAGCACGAAGACCCGGCCUUCUCCUGGCUCGGUGCUUCCCCAGAUGGCCUCCUCCCCUCCGACCGGCUCUGCUUUCACUCCUCCCCCCAAUCACCUGGCGUUCUCGAAAUCAAGUGCCCCUUUAACCGCGGGUCACCACUCUCAGCCACUCCGUACCCCUCCGUACCGGUCUACUACAUGCCCCAGAUCCAAGGCCUGCUAGAAAUCUUUGACCGAGAUUGGCUGGAUUUUUUCGUGUGGACUGAAAUGGGCGGCACUGCACUGUUCAGGGUGGAACGAGACAAACAGUACUGGGAGCUACUAUUCACUGCACUAGAGGAGUUUUGGCGAGUGUAUGUGGUGCCUGCUAAGGAAGCCUUGAGGGAGGGGCAAAUGGAGGAGGUGAGGUGGAAGUAUUAUCCAGCACCGGAGCACGUGUUGAUGAGGGAGAUCGAGAUGAGAAGUGAGCAAUUGUCGAAGGGGUCUAGAAUGGACUACCGUGCUAACCGAAGGGUGUUGUACUAA